ACCCGGAAGUGGUUACGGAGCUCGGUCGAGGAGCCGAGCUUGGAGUUGUCCGCCGUCGUUUUUCGCGUUUGCUGGUCCCGCCGCCGCCGCCGCCAUGGGGAAGCGACAGCACCAGAAGGAUAAGAUGUACAUCACCUGUGCUGAAUACACUCACUUCUAUGGUGGCAAGAAACCAGACAUUCCACAAACAAAUUUUCGUCGUUUACCUUUUGACCACUGCAGCCUCUCUCUGCAGCCCUUUGUCUACCCGGUCUGCACCCCCGAAGGCGUCGUCUUUGACUUGCUGAACAUCGUCCCCUGGCUUAAGAAGUACGGGACCAACCCCAGCAAUGGAGAGAAACUGGAUGGGAGGUCCCUGAUCAAGCUGAACUUUGCCAAGAACAGUGAAGGGAAGUACCACUGCCCGGUGCUGUUCACUGUGCUCACCAACAACACCCACAUCGUGGCCAUCAGGACCACCGGCAACGUCUACGCCUACGAGGCGGUGGAGCAGCUGAACAUCAAGGCCAAGAACUUCCGAGACCUGCUGACCGAUGAGCCCUUCUCCCGGCAGGACAUCAUCACCCUCCAGGACCCCACCAAUUUGGACAAGUUCAAUGUUUCCAACUUCUUCCACGUUAAGAAUAACAUGAAAAUAACAGACCCAGAUGAAGAAAAAGCCAAGCAGGACCCGUCUUACUAUCUAAAGAACACGAACACGGAGACCCGGGAGACACUGCAGGAGCUCUACAAGGAAUUCAAGGGGGACGAGGUGCUGGCGGCCACCAUGAGGGUCCCUGAGAAGAUGAAGGUGGACAAGCUGAAUGCCGCCCACUAUUCCACCGGGAAGGUCAGCGCCUCCUUCACCUCCACUGCCAUGGUUCCGGAGACCAAGCAUGAAGCAGCCGCCAUUGACGAGGACGUGCUGCGCUACCGGUUUGUGAGGAAGAAAGGCUAUGUGCGGCUGCACACCAGCCAGGGCGACCUCAACCUGGAGCUGCACUGUGACCUGACGCCAAAAACCUGCGAGAACUUCAUAAAGCUCUGCAAGCGGCGAUACUACGACGGCACCAUCUUCCACAGGUCCAUCCGGAACUUCGUGAUCCAGGGGGGUGACCCCACUGGCACAGGCACAGGCGGGGAGUCGUACUGGGGAAAGCCCUUCAAAGAUGAGUUCCGGCCCAACCUCUCGCACACAGGCCGUGGCAUCCUCAGCAUGGCCAACUCGGGGCCCAACACCAACAAGUCUCAGUUCUUCAUCACCUUCCGCUCCUGCGCUUACCUGGACAAGAAGCACACCAUCUUCGGGCGGGUUGUUGGGGGCUUUGACACACUGACAGCCAUGGAGAAUGUGGAGAGUGACCCCAAAACUGACCGCCCUAAGGAGGAGAUCCGAAUUGAGUCCACCACGGUGUUUGUGGACCCUUAUGAGGAAGCUGACGCUCAGAUCGCUGCCGAGCGGAGGACGCAGCUCGAGGUGACAGAGGCCCCGGAGAGCACAGCCAAGAUGAGCCAGGCCCCACAGGGUAGCCAGGGCCCCCAGACGUACCGCCAGGGGGUGGGCAAGUACAUCAGCCCCACAGUCACGAAGCGUGUGGCAGAGGAAGAGCCAUCAACCAGUGCCAUGGCCCCUGCGGCCAAGAAGAAGCCCAGCCGAGGUUUUGGGGACUUCAGCUCGUGGUAGCAGCGGGCCUGCCACCCUGGAGCCUGCCCCCAGCCUGGACCCUGCCCCCUUGGCUUUCUGGAAGCACCUGCAACGGCUCGGGGGCCACGGUCUCCUCCGCUGUGGGGCUGACAGGGUCACUGUCCCCCGCUGAGGCCCGUGUCCUGCUGCUGUCCUCGGGUCCAUGUAGCCUCCACCUGCCUCCCCGGCCGAACUUCUACCACCGGUUCCAGAACUGCUCCAUGUCUGCUGCUCAGGCCCAGCCCGUCCUGCUGCCUCCUCUGAGCCCGCAGGCAUGUCCACGCAGACGCAGCACCUGCCCCGCUCAGUGGCCCGCUGCCACCUUGGUCCUUCCCACUGCCCUAAGGGCCUGCCCCUGCCUGCGCCCGUCAGCCGGGGACCUGGCUCAUGCAGUGACCUGCCCACCCCUGCUCCAGCUACAGGCUGCUGUCUGAUGACUCCCUUGUGAGGCUCAUGCCAGUGUUGCUUCCAAGUGUCUGCCUGGCUCCCAGGGAGGCAGUGACCGGGUGGGACAUGCUGACACCAGUGAAGACACAUGCUGGCCAGGCCGCUCACCUAAGGGCUCCUGGACCCCCGCAGCCAUCCUGGAGGAGGUGAGCACGGGCCUGUACUGGCAGGUGGUCCUGGGAGGGCUGUGCUCCCAGCCCUGAACAGCACAAGACCAGAGCCACCCCCAGGGGAGGAUGACCGAGACCCCAGGCAGAGCAGAGCGGAGUGCCUGAGGCCAGUGACACCACUCACUAGCCAACAUCGGACAGUGGCAGCUUUAUUUGUAAACUACACGCAGUCAGAGGCCCGGGGCUGGACACAGGGUGGAAGGAGGCUUUGCACGUGAGUUUGGCAGUCCUGCUCCGAGGGGCAAACCUACAGGCUGGUCUGGGCAUCUGGCCCGAGGGAAGGCCGGCCACCCUGGGCUGCAGCCCUGUGGCACCACCCUACAGCGGGGGCCAGGACUGCCCGGCACCUUUGACAGAGGAGGGUUUAUGUUUCUGUAGUUCUUUUUAGAGCUUGGAUUGCAGUUUUCUAGAUGUUAAAAACACUCGGAUUUUGUAAGUCCCUGGUGAGGUCAUCAGGUGAAUUAAAGGACUUUUGAAAUAA